UUAAAACAACUGCGUUCCCCUGGUCCUAUACCUGAAAACCCAGCGGCCAUUUUUUCCUAAAAGAAUAUAUCUUAUUUUUAUAUUUUCCUUUUCCGCUUCCCUUAAAUACUCCUACUUCCCUCUUUUCUUCAACCCCCCCCCCCCCAAAAUUUUCUCUCUUCUUUCUCCAACUUCUCAAAAUGCGCAUGAGUUGUAAUGGAUGCCGGAUUCUUCGCAAGGGCUGCAGUGAAAAUUGUAGCAUCAGGCCCUGUUUACAAUGGAUCAAGAGCCCUGAAUCCCAAGCAAACGCCACCGUCUUUCUAGCCAAGUUCUAUGGCCGUGCUGGCCUUAUGAACCUCAUCAACGCCGGCCCCGAACACCUCCGCCCUGCUAUUUUUAGGUCGUUAUUAUACGAGGCUUGUGGGCGGAUAGUGAACCCGAUAUACGGUUCUGUCGGCUUAUUAUGGUCCGGAAGCUGGCAGCUUUGUCAAGCCGCCGUAGAAGCUGUGCUAAAAGGUGCUCCGAUCACGCCGAUUGCGUCAGAAGCCGCUGCGAAUGGUCAAGGGCCGCCUCUAAAAGCUUACGACAUUCGUCAUGUUUCCAAAGAUGAAAACUCUGCAGCCUCUAACGAUGUCCAACGAGUUAAGACCCGGUGCCGAGUUAAAAGAACUUUGAAGCCGAAGGUGAAUAACCCGGUCUUAGAGGAGGAGAACCGCAGCUCAGAACCACCCGAACCGCGGUGUUACGCGGAUGAAGGGUUCGAGGGAAACCGGUCGACGAGUCACGAGUCCUCGCUGAGUCACCAAUCUGAGUUGGCUGUUAUGGAUGGGGAAAGUAAAGAAACCGAGAGUAUGAUCUCAGAGGAAACAGUGGCGGCUUCGCGGCUGUUUCCGGCGGAGCCGGAGUUCGGAGGUAAGGUGUCGGAAGAAAGGACGGUGGAGGGAAGCAGCGAGGUUGGGCUGGAGUUGACGCUGGGGUUUAAACCGGUGAUGUCACGUGCUUGUCAGGUGGUGGUGCCCGUAAAGAAAAGGAGAGUGGAGGCAUACGGCACGUUCGAAGAUGGUCAAACGUGUAAGGUUGAGCUGGGUCUUGACUAUCCGGCGGCUUAAAUGGCUUUUAUAAAAGGAAAAAGAAAAGGAUAGUUUGUUCCCAGUUUUGGCGGCUCGUUUCCGGCUUUUGUUUAUUUUACAUAGAAGAGUUGUGGGUGUUUUUUUUUUUUUUUGUAAGUUCUUUUUGUAAUUUCCUUUUUCCCAUUAUGUAAACAAAAGAAAUAGUUUACAUGAGUAGAAAUGGUAAAUUUUAUAGGGGGAAUCAUAAAGAUUUUGUGUCUUCUCAACCAUUGAACUAUACCAAAAUUUAUAAAACAAACCGGGACCUUGUAUUUA